AUGCACCCUCAGGAAGUCAUCUUAAGCCUUAUACUACUUUUGACAGGUGCUGUAGUUUCUUAUACAAAAGUGAGUGGGGUGGUGGGUCAGCCUGUCACGCUGCCCUGUACCUAUUCAGUGGCUAAUGGAGAGGUCACGUCCAUGUGCUGGGGCCGAAGGGAAUGUCCUAUGUUUAAAUGCUCAGAUGAGAUUAUCUGGACUAAUGGAUUUCAUGUCACCUUUCAGAAGCACAUGCGUUAUCAGCUAAAGGGGUAUCUUUUGAAAGGGAACGUGUCUUUGACCAUAGAGAAUGCAACUGAGGCUGACAGUGGCCUGUACUGUUGCCGUGUUGAACACAGGGGGUGGUUCAAUGACAUGAAAGUCACCUUAUCAUUGGAGAUUAAACCAGGAAAAACAAGUGUUCCAACAUCACCUAGAGUCUCUACUUCUGCUCUUCCAACACCAGCACCCACACAGAACCACAAACCAGUAUCUACUUCACCUUCUCCAAGUCAGCCAGCAGAAACCCAGUCUACGACACUGUGGGAAACAGGGACACAGCCCACCAGCUCACCAUUGUACUCUCACCCAACAGAUGGGAAUGGCACCGUGACACAGCCUUCGGAGGGCGUUUGGCAUAACAAUCAAACUCAAGAGUCCUCAGCACACAAUUCAUGGAUGACCACCACUAAGGGAAUCUAUGUUGGAAUCUGUAUUUUUGCCUUGAUGUUGCUUGCUGUUUUGGUUGUCGUGAUUGUCAAAAAGUAUUUCUACAUCAUAAACAAGAUGCAGCAAGCAAGGACGGUUGUGUUCAAAGGCCCUCAGACUAGAGCUUUGCAGAGUGCCGCCGAAGUGCGAGUCCAAGCCCAAGACAAUAUCUACAUUAUUGAGGAUAAUCUUUACGUCAUGGAUUAAGACCCAGUGGCAUUCUUAGAGGUUUUAUGCCCAUGACUGCAGAAGACUGUGACCAGAUAUAUAUCACCAUGUGAA